AUGGACACACAAGCAAGAAUAUCUCAGAAGGACAUCUAAUGUUAUCCCCGGAUUGUGACAUAAAAGAUAAUGACAGUAGACAGGAUUCUCCAGGAGCUAAUUCCAUUACCCCAAUUAUAUAUCCAGCUCUAUCAGCUGAUCCCUCUGAUCGUGGGAAAUGUUCUACUGAUCACUCUGAUAUUGGUGCAUCAGCUCUGAGAGUAGAUACAGUGUUUCCCUGUUCUAUAGAUGCCAAGUGUUUUACACAGAACACAAAGCCUAUUAACCCACAGACAGGUAAGGCAGGUGAAAGGCCACUGAUAUGUUCAGAGUGUGAGAAAUAUUUUACACAGAAAUCAGACCUUAUUACAAAUCAGCGAACUCACAUAGGUGAGAAGCCAUUUCCAUGUUCUGAGUGUGGGAAAUGUUUUGCACACAAAUCAUAUCUUGUUAUACAUUACAGAAGUCACACAGGUGAGAAGCCAUUUCCAUGUUCUGAGUGUGGGAAAUGUUUUACACAAAAAUCACAACUUGUUACACAUCAGCGAAGUCGCACAGGUGAGCAGGCAUUUCCAUGUUCUGAGUGUGGGAAAUGUUUUGCACACAAAUCACAUCUUGUUAUACACCACAGAAGUCACACAGGUGAGAAGCCAUUUCCAUGUUCUGAGUGUGGGAAAUGUUUUACACAAAAAUCACAUCUUGUUAUACAUCAGAGAAGUCACACAUCUGAGAGGCCAUUUCCAUGUUCUGAGUGUGGGAAAUGUUUUGCACACAAAUCAGCUCUUGUUAGACAUAACAUAAGUCACACAGGUGAGAAGCAAUUUCCAUGUUCUGAGUGUGGGAAAUGUUUUGCACACAAAUCACAUCUUGUUAUACAUUACAGAAGUCACACAGGUGAGAAGCCAUUUUCUUGCUCUGAGUGUGGGAAAUGUUUUGCACACAAAUCAGUUCUUGUUAGACAUCACAGAAGUCACACAGGUGAGAGGCCAUUUCCAUGUUCUGAGUGUGGGAACUGUUUUGCAUACAAAUCACAUCUUGUUAUACAUCAGAGAAGUCACACAGGUGAGAGGCCAUAUUCCUGUUCUGAGUGUGGGAAAUGUUUCGCACACACAUCAUCUCUUGUUACACAUCAGAGAAGUCACACAGGUGAGAAGCCAUAUUCCUGUUCUGAGUGUGGGAAAUGUUUCUCACAGACAUCAGCUCUUGUUACACAUCAGAGAAGUCACACAGGUGAGAAGCCAUAUUCCUGUUCUGAGUGUGGGAAAUGUUUCGCACACACAUCAGGUCUUGUUACACAUCAGAGAAGUCACACAGGUGAGAAGCCAUAUUCCUGUUCUGAGUGUGGGAAAUGUUUCUCACAGACAUCAGCUCUUGUUACACAUCAGAGAAGUCACACAGGUGAGAAGCCAUAUUCCUGUUCUGAGUGUGGGAAAUGUUUCGCACAGACAUCAGCUCUUGUUACACAUCAGAGAAGUCACACAGGUGAGAAGCCGUACUCCUGUUCUGAGUGUGGGAAAUGUUUUGCAUACAAAUCACUUUUAGUUUUUCAUCAGCGUGCUCACACAGGUGAGAGGCCAUUUUCCUGUUCUGAUUGUGGGAAAUGUUUUGCAUCGAAAUCAGAUCUUGUUCCACAUCAGAGAAGUCACACAGGUGAGAAGCCGUAUUCCUGUUUUGAGUGUGGUCAAUGUUUUGCACAGAAAUCACAUCUUGUUAGACAUGAGAGAAGACACACAGGUGAGAAGCCAUUUUCCUGUUCCGAGUGUGGGAAAUGUUUUGCACAGAAAUCAGAUCUUGUUCCACAUCAGAGAAGUCACACAGGUGAGAAGCCGUAUUCCUGUUCUGAGUGUGGAAAAUGUUUUGUACGGAAAUCAAUUCUUGUUAAACAUCAGCGAUUUCACAGGUGAGAAGCCAUUUUUAUGCUGUGAGAGAAAUAAAUCCGCUCUUGUUGAACAUAUUAGACAUUACCCAUGUACGGAAUCAUUUAAAUCUUCUGGAGUAUAAUUAUCACUGUCAUGCAAUGUUCCUCAAGGGUCAAUCCUAUCUCCUAAGCUUUAUAAAAUAUACAUGCUACCACUGGGUUAUAUAAUCAGACAUCAUGGCCUGGUCUACCACUGCUAUGCAGAUGACCUGCUUUUUGCUCCAUGUACUGAGAACCUAAUACCAAUCCUAAAUGGUUGUCUAGCUGAGCACCAGGGGUGGAUGAUGCCAGUUGGCUGUGAUUCAGUCUUUGUGAAACAUAAUAGAAGCUCACCAGCAAAGGACAAGACUACAGCUUUAACAACCAUCUGGAUUUAUGCUUUGGUGUUCAGAAUUGCAAAAUACUGAACAUGUGCUGAAUCUUUGUGAUGUCCUGGUUUGUGGCUGACACAGACAUCAGGUAUCCGCCACAUACAAAUCCUCAUUCUUCCAUCUGUGGACCAUAGCCAGAAUCAAGCACUUGAUUCCCUCAGAAGUUCAUAGACUACUGCAAUGCCAUCUACCUGGGUCACCCAGAAAAGAGUUACAGAGCUUGCAGCUAGUACAGAAUGCAGCAGCCAGGCUGUUACCUAACCAGCCCGUUCCUGCCACAUAACACCCAUUCUCUACUCCCUUCACCGGCUGCCUGUAAGAUGGAAAAUCUAUUUCAUAAUUGGCUAACUGACCUUCCCAGCCCAACAUUACAUGGUCCAAGGUACUAGAAGCAGCUUCUGCCUCCUUACUGCCCUGCUUGCUUGUUUCUACAGAUGAAGGACUGUUACCAGCAGUACCAAGAAUCUCCUGUCAUUCAUUUAUGGGUUGAACGUUUAGCUUUGCAGCCCUGACCAUGGAACUCACUGCUUUGCACAGUCCAAGAGACCACCACUCUAGAGACCUUCACAAGCAGACUGAUGACUGUUACUCACGCUUUUCAUUAAUGUACCUCUAUUUACUUCCUAAAUCAUACAUCCCAAAUGCUUAGGUCUUUUUUCUGCUGUUUAUUUUGUAUCUUGUGCUUUGUGUAAAUGUGAAUGUCUAAUACCAGUUUCCACAAUCUGUAUUGCUGCACGACAGUAUGGCAGCCAUUGGAACGUGUUUCACUUCUAGUUUGCCUAACUUGUUGCUGACACUCAUCUUGAUAAGGAGUGUUGAGUGUUUUCAGAUACAAGAUCCUGUCCAUAUAUACCCUGUACAUUACCAUGUGCAUUAGAGUCACCCGGGUUUCAUCUGCAGUGGUUUGUUGUAUGUUACAUCUAUAUGGUGCGGAUACUCCCCUGUAUGAUUUCAUAAUAAAAGCUUUUGUUUGCAUCUAA